AUGAGCAGAUCAGCUAACUGGCUGCAGCGGAUCCACAUGCGUCUACGGGCAUCAUACGGCGACGCGUCCUUCACGGCUGGGUUCUUUGCCACGGAAACGCUGACCCUAACCCCGACGGAUGUUAUUACCAACUUCGAAUUCGGUUGUGGCGAGAACAACCAAGGGACAUUCGAUGGUUUCGCCGGACUCCUUGGGCUCGCCCGAGACCCAGUAUCGAUCAUAGAGCAAGCGCGACCCAGUAUGGCCGAUACUUCUCAUACUGCAUUCCUCGUUCAACUAGCGGCACCGGAAUCCGCUCUUUACGGCAUCAACAUAACAGGAAUCAGCGUAGGAGGGAACCCACUUUCCAUACCGUCGACUGUGUUUUCCAAUGCCGGCGCAAUCAUAGACUCGGGGACCACGUUUACGUAUUUGCCUCCAACUGCGUACACCGCCCUCCAGUCGGCAUUCAAAGAGGCAAUGGCAAACUACACGAGUGCGCCUCCAGCUUUGCCGUUAGACACUUGCUACGACUUCAGUAUGCUUAGUGACAUCACCGUCCCAGCGAUCACGUUCUCUUUCGAUGGGCCAAUUAACGUGGAUUUGGAUGUGAGCGGGAUGUUUUACGUGUUGGAUCCGUCGCUAGUUUGUCUAGCAUUUGUGGCCAACAACGCAGAUACGGAUACAGUCAUCUACGGCAACACACAGCAGAGGACAUUUGAGGUGAUCUAUGAUGUGCCCGGAGGACAAAUUGGGUUUGGUGCCCAGGGCUGUUCCUAA